AUGAGAAGGGAGUGGAUUGGAAGAUGGGAGAGUGAGGUAGCUAGGGUGGUCGCUAGGAACCCGGGGCGGGCCCUCGAACCGGCCGACGCGACCGCGCGGUUCGACGCCUCUAUUAUGAACCGACACCGGUCGAGGGACCCAGCCUGGGAGCUAUCGAAGGCGAAGAGUACCCUCCUAGUGCAAGCGAGGACCGGGAAGAUUGGGCUUCGAGGGUUCCUCUUUACUAGGAGGGUCCCCGAGGUGGUAACGCCGGUAUGCCGCUGCGGUAUAGCGCGGGAGACAUUCGAACACCUCAUACUCGAAUGCAACGGAGCCGCAGAUAAACCUCAGCCCUGGCCAGACGACGGCGCAGAGCUACGGGAGUGGCUCGAUGACGUGGAGAAGGCUGCCAUAGUGAUGGAGUGGGUACUUGGGCUGGGGAGGCUGAACGAGUUCCGGCUGGCGGUAGAGCUGGAAAAUGAGAACAACGAGGAGGUCCGCGGCGGGGCCGAAGCGGAGUAG